UCUCAGUCAGCUGUUCUCAGUUGUGUGAGUGCGCUGAAAACGACAAACAUUGCCCAUAACAAAAACCAACCUCUUGUAAAUUGUAAACACACUCUGUUAACCUAUGAUUUAUUUACAUUGUUUGUUUCAUAUUGUUGAUUGUUUAAACUGUUUGAAUAAUUUUAAUAAUUUCGUGGAUCAUUGUUCAGGUGUUCAAGAUUAACCCAAUUAAUUCUCCAACAAAUUUCUCAAUAGUCAACCAGGAAGACAGACUAAAAAUGGCAUCACUGCAGCCGUUAUGCACCGAUGCGGUACCGUCAAACCCACUAAAUCUCGACGAAGUCUGGGAGAACUUUCGUUUUGCUCUGGACCACGUGUACAACGACCGAUCUAUGUCCCAGCAUCGUUUCAUGGAAUUAUACUAUCAGAUCUACAACUACUUCUACAUCUUUGUUCAAGUGAAGGGACGCCCACCCUCCCGGUUCUUCGACAACACCGCCGGGCGUAUGACAAUCUACCAGAAGCUCCUGGAGUACCUGGAGCUCCACGUAAGCCGCCUUUUCCAAAACUACUCCGGAUUGAAGAACGAGGACCUGCUGAACUUCUACCUCAGCAAGUGGCAGCAGUACAAGAUCAGCAGCAAGAAGUUUAACGGGAUCUGCGCGUUUAUGAACCGCCAGUGGGUCUACAGAGCCUUCGAGGAGGGCAAGAUUAAAGUUUCUGACAUUUACCAGCUCUGCUUGCUGGCCUGGCUCAACUUUUUCUCUGUCAUGCUCUGCGGCCCGGUCACAGUCGCAGUUCUUCAGCUGAUCGAGCGGGAGCGCAAUGGGGAGGUGCUUGACCAAAACUUGAUCUCCGGGACAGUUCAAAGCCUCAUCGAGUUUGGAGAAACCGAGAGAUUCAACUUCCCUUUAGACGGACCUAUUCUUCAUUUUUACGAGAAAUACUUUGAGAUAUAUUUCCUGGAGCACAGCGAGAAAUAUUACCAGCGAGAAGCAAGUACGACUUUCGCGGGAUACCCCGAAAGCGAGUACUGGAACAAAGUCCAGCAGCGGCUGGACCAAGAAAGGAAUAGAGCGAAACUUUAUGGACUUCCCAAAUCAACCGAAGAAAAGUUGAUUGAAAUUUGCGAACGCGCACUCAUUCCAAAAGACCUUGAAAGUCUUUUGGCCGCGUGUAAAAUUUAGGUUAAAAGUUUAUUUGUUAAUUAAUUUAAGUUAUAAGUUAAGAUAAUUAAGUUAAGCAGGAAUAACUUGACAAAGAUAUUAAUUUUAAGUUAAAUAACUUAUUUAAGAUACUUGAAAAAAAAAAAAUAUGUUUAACAU